AUGGCUCACCACGAUGAUGUUGAUGUGAAGACAGAAUCGGUGGCAGACGCGGUAACAGACAUGAAGCUGGAGCGAGAAGACUCGGAGGGUGUAUCCCUCAACGGCAAGACCUCUAGCAACGGGGAGGCCAACGGCACUCCCGCCACGCCUGCCAAGUCAGCAGCUUCGUCUCCUCCAGAUAGGCCGUCUUCUGCCCUGAAGGAUGAGGAGUCCGAAGAAAAGGUUGGAGGGGAUAUCACCGUCAAGCAAGAGCCAGGCCAACCUCCGAAGCUGGCUCGCUCUGCUACCAAGAAAGUGGUUCCCAGGAAACCUCAGAUGUUCGACCAUCUCCCUGACAGCACUGCAGAGGCUACUUCUCUUUUCCAGGUGAUAGAUGCAUGCACAUAUUCGAACAAGAAUAUGGGCUACACGGACCAUGCUAUGGAAUGUGACUGUGCUGAAGAAUGGAAUCCCAAAACAGGAAUAAACGAGGCCUGUGGGGAAGAUUCAGACUGCAUAAAUAGAGCUACAAAGAUGGAAUGUGUUGAUAAUUGUGGUUGUGGUGACAACUGCCAGAAUCAACGCUUUCAAAAACGACAGUAUGCCGAUGUGACAGUUAUUAAAACAGAGAAAAAGGGAUUUGGUCUACGAGCAAACACCGAUCUGCGACCAAACGACUUUAUCUUCGAAUAUAUUGGCGAAGUUAUCAAUGAACCGCAGUUUCGGAAACGUAUGAUGCAGUAUGAUGAUGAGGGUAUCAAGCAUUUCUAUUUCAUGUCCCUCAAUAAGGGCGAAUUUGUCGAUGCAACAAGGAAAGGAAACCUGGGCCGAUUUUGCAAUCAUUCCUGCAAUCCAAACUGCUACAUUGACAAAUGGGUUGUUGGAGAGAAGCUUCGCAUGGGCAUAUUCGCUGAGAAAUACAUCAAGGCCGGUGAAGAAUUAGUCUUCAAUUACAACGUUGACCGCUAUGGUGCUGAUCCACAGCCAUGCUAUUGUGGCGAAGCCAACUGCCUUGGCUAUAUUGGUGGGAAGACACAGACAGGACGAGCGACGAAGCUGUCGAAUGCCACUAUCGAGGCAUUGGGAAUUGAUGAUCUGGAUAGCUGGGAUACUGCUCUUCCAAAACGACCCAAAAAGAAGAAGACCGCUGAGGACGAUGAAGAAUACGUUGACAGAUUCCAGCCUAAAUCAUUGGAUGAAGAGGGUGUCACGAAGGUUAUGGCAACUCUCAUGCAAUGCAAAGAGAAAUGGAUUGCUGUAAAGCUUUUGGGCCGUAUGCAACGCUGUGACGAUGAACGGGUCAUCAACAGAAUUGUGAGGAUGCAUGGUUACCAGAUUCUCAACUCCCAGCUUAGUGCUUGGAAAGAAGACUUCAACGUUGUGCUGCAAAUUCUCCAGAUCUUGGAUAAAUUCCCACGGCUUACACGAAAUAAGAUCAUCGAUUCCAAAAUUGAGACCACCGUUAAGCCAUUGACCGAGUGUGGCGAGGAGCGUGUUGAAAAGCAAGCUGCUUCGCUACUCGAGACUUGGUCAGCGCUCGAAGUUGGUUACCGAAUCCCUAGGAUGAAGAGAGAUCCUGCACUUACAGCCAAUAUACCUUCCGCGAAACAAUUUGAGCGUCGAGAAGUAAUGCGUGAGCGCGAAGAUCGUCCUCGAAAAUCAGCGUCUGAGUCUCGGGAUAAAUCUCCAAAGUCACCUUCGGUUGAUCCUACCAGAGUUGCCCCUCGAGGCCCCGCGGCCCAUGGCAGGGGUGGAAAGAGCCACAGGAAUUCAUACCACCAAGGCCCACGACCAUUCCGUCGACCGUUUAACCCACUCCCUUCAGGAUGGUUCGCUGCAGAAGCUAAUGGGAAAACAUACUACUACUCUGCUCGGGGUGAUACCACUUGGGUGAGACCAACAGCACCCGCGCCACAGCCACCACCCCCGCCGAAGCCCGAGUCAAAGGAUAAGACAUUACAAGACAUUAUUGAUGGGAUAAUGAAUUCAAAAGAAGAUACCCCGAAAUCUAAGGAUAAAGAAGUAUCCGCUACUCCAGCAACUCCCGCUGAGGUUCCUCAAAAGAAGGAACAUAGACCAAAAUGGAAAUCAUUAAGCGAAGAGAAGCAGAAGAAGAUCUAUGAAAACACACUAUUUCCUCAUGUCAAAUAUGUUGUGGAUAAAUUUAAAAAUAAGCUUCCCAAGGAUGACCUGAAGCGCUAUGCAAAGGAGGUAAGCUACUUACGUAACAAAUACUAG